UAGUUCAUCGUCAAAACACUGCGUUGGGUUUCCAAAAAAAUUUCUACGUCUCGCGCUUAAAAUUUGUAAUAAAAUAUAGGAAACAUUGACCUAGUGAAAUAUACCUCUGAAACUAUGCCAAACAGCAAGGAAACAGGAACAGAUGCCGAUCGUGGAGAUGAUGUAAAAUUAACCAGCCGCGAUAGCGUCGCAUUGAAGGACCUGCUGCAGAAGCGGCUGUCGGAGUGCGGUUGGCGCAAGGACAUCGAGGACAUGAUACGCCACACCAUCGAGGAGCGCGGUGUGUCCAACUUGACCCACGAUCAGCUGGCUGCCGAGAUAGUCCCUCAUGCUCGCGCUCUGGUUCCCGACGUCAUUCGAAAGGAGAUGCUGAUGCGCGUGCGCGCUGCCCUGGACUCCUCUUUGCCACCGGAGAAGAACUGACUGCCCAUCCAGAACUCCGAAUCCACCCGAGCAUUUACCAUAGUCACACUGCCUGCAUAUUUAAAUUCUAGCACAUCUGUUUGUGGUUUAUUAUCUCGUAUUUAAGUAGAUAUUUACAUUCUUACGCUAGUUAUGAAUUGCGCCAUUAGUUAAACAAUAUGCAUGUAAUAAAUAAACAACCUAAUUAUAGUUAUAAUA